CAGUGUUGUCUUUCUGUGCCGGCUCUCUGACGCUAAUUGAUGUCACGGGCAGCAGUGUUACGUCGCCGGGGCGGAGCUCGGAGCCCGGACUGGGGCGUGCCCGGUUAGCGCCCGGUUUACGCCGCUUCAGUGCCCGGUCAGUGCCCGGUUUACGCCCGGUCAGCGCCCGGACAACGCCCGGUUAGCGCCGGCUCAGCGCCGGCUCAGCGCCCGAUCAGUGCCCGGUGAACGACCGGUUAGUGCCCGGACAACGCCCGGUUAGCGCACACAUGGAGUUCGCGGAGCUGAUCAAGACGUGGAGAGUUGACGGGGUGAUACUACGGCGGCCGCUGGCGGGCCCGGUGAAGGGAACUCUGUGUGUCAGUAGCCACCAUCUACUGCUGUCAUCCCGCGCCGGCCACACCGAGGAGCUUUGGCUUCUGAUCAGAAACAUCGAUGCCAUCGACAAGAGCGUUGAGAACCUGUGCCGAUAUCCAAACACCGAAUUUACAGGGUCUAUAGGGACGAUCACUAUCAAAUGUAAAGACUUCUGCAUCUGGCACCUGGAGAUACCUGGAAUGGAUGAGUGCCUGAACAUUGCCAGUUCUAUUGAGGCUCUGCUGUCACUGGAGUCCAUCGCCCACACCUACCCUUUCUUCUACCGACCAAAGCUGCUGCGACUGCAGGAAGGCUGGGACCUGUGCAGCCCUGAGGACCACUACACCCAACUCUCUGCCCACACGGACAGAUGGAGGCUCAGUUACGUGAACAAGGACUUCAGUGUGUGCACGAGCUACCCCAUUGCCUUGAUCGUCCCCAGGACCAGCGACGAUGCCGUGUUGAGGAUUGCCGCCACGUUUAGGCACGGUGGCCGUUUCCCGGUGCUGUGUUACUGGCACCAGAGGACCCGCAUGGUGAUUCUCAGGAGCAGCCAGCCACUGACGGGUGUGAAUGGGAGGAGGUGCGUGGAAGAUGAGGGGGUGCUGGCUGCUGCCCUCCGGCCCGGGGAAGUGGGGUUCAUCAUCGACACCCGCUCUCUACAGGCCAGGGUCAGGGGCGGAGGCAUGGAGAACAAAGCACACGACCUCAACUGGAGAAAGCUGCACAGACCCAUGGAGAGGGGGCGGGGGCUGCAGGAGAGCCUGGUGAAGCUGCUCGAUGCCUGUAAUGACCCGUCCACCAGUGUGGACCGCUGGCUCAGCAAACUGGAGGCGUGUCGCUGGCUGGAGCAUGUCAAGACCCUGCUCACCACCGCCUGCCUGGUGGCACAGUGUGUGGACAGGGAGGAGGGGUCGGUGCUGGUCCAGGGGUCAGAGGGCAGGGACGCCACUCUACAGGUCACCUCAUUGGCCCAGGUCAUCCUGGACCCGGACUGCCGGACGGUGCUGGGCUUCCAGUCGCUGCUCGAGCGGGAGUGGCUGCAGGCUGGCCACCCGUUCUCUGCCCGCUGUGCCGCCUCCGCCUACUCCCACGCCCGGCCCGGCGCCGAGUCGCCCGUCUUCCUGCUCUUCCUGGACGGAUGUUGGCAGAUUUGCCGCCAGUUCCCGCGAUGUUUCCAGUUCCAGCCGCACUUCCUGGUCACCCUCUUCCAGCACGCGUACGCCUCGUGUUGUGGCACCUUCCUGGGCAACGACCCCGCACAAAGGUUGAUGCUGAAAGUGAAGGAGCGGACGAUAUCCUUAUGGGCAAAGCUGAACAGCCCGUCAGAGCGUGAACAAUAUCUCAACCCACUCUACGAACCGAACAGCUUGGCCAUCUGGCCAUCGGUGGCACCACAGAGCCUGCAGCUUUGGCACGGUGUGUUCCUCAGGUGGAAACAAUCAGCAGAGCACCAGGAGGAGGCCUGGGAGCAGGUGCAGCACCUGAUGAGGAGAAAACCACCGGCAACAAACUCGGCAACGCCUGCGGCAGUGGAGGUGGACGAGAAGCCAGCGGCGCCCGGCGCUCCAGUGUCCGUCUAAUGUCCACGAUAUAUCUCCAUGAAGGUCAGCACUAUCCCACAGGGUCACUGGGCCAAAGGUCGUCACUGACAAUGGGCCUUACCCACACACCAGUCAAGGGAGGAGGAGGACAGAUAAGGAACACGUCUCCAUCUGAGGAAACAAUUAUUUUUGAAUAAAGUUGAAAACAUUGUUAUUUUACUUGGUCUUCUGGCAAGAAAUGUGAUUAGAGUUGUGAACUCAUACUGAUUGUUAAAAUAUCCAGGUGUGGCCAGACCAGUGAAGGUCCACUUGUACACGGACUUGUUUCCUUCAUCGUGGAGGAGGGAGAUGGUUGUAGGGAUGAGUGAGAUGGCCCAGUGCUGAGGCCACCAGAUUCACUGUAGGGAUAUGUAAAUGCUGCAAUGCUCAGCGGUCGGGCAGCAUCCGUGGGGAGAGAAGCUGAGACCACGUCCCCUUCUGGUGACAUUUCACCCGAGCUGG